AUGAAUUCGUCUAACAUGCAUAUGCAUAAACAUUUUUUUAUUUGGUGGAUUAUCUUCUUAUACAAAAUCAAUCAACAAGUUAUUACUUUUAGAAUUGUGAACAAUGAAUUUUUAAAAAAAGAAUUGACAACAGAAGAUUUUCCUGGUGCACGAAAAUAUGCACGCAACUGGACUUCGGGUGAUACAAUUGGGCAUGGUGUUUUUACAUACGAAGACGGAGGCCGAUACGAAGGAAACUUCAAACGUCGUGCUGGUAGAGAAGGAAAUGGCACUUUUUAUUUUGCUGAUGGACGAAAAUAUGUAGGCAGUUGGAUGAAUAAUCAACCGAAUGGACAAGGUAUUUUUACAUGGCCAGAUGGAAAUCGAUAUGAAGGUAGCUUUAAAGAUGGUAAAAUGCAUGGAAAUGGUGUUUUAUAUUAUACUGAUGGUCGAAAAUAUAUUGGUAAUUGGAUCUAUGGGAAAUCGAAUGGACCAAAUCAAUCAUCGAUUGUUGUUGAUACUGAACUUCAAAAUAUUAAAAUUGAUUGGUCAUCACCUGGAGAAAUAUUUACUGUUGGUGGACAUAAACAUUUAAAUGAUAUUAAUUAUACAAAUCAAAUUAUAUUUUAUACUCGUCGAAGAGAAUUUUUACAUCGUGUUUAUAUUCCACAAGUCGUUUGUUGA